GAUGUUUAAGAAUGUUUUCAGGUCUGGGUGUCUGGUUAGAACUGCUCAUGUUAUCCUGACUUGGCUGACGACUUUGAUUCUGUUUCUCCACAAUACCGAUCUCCGGAAGAAUGAGGAAAGAGGCGAGCUCGUACUGCCUGUACUAUUUGGCACGCUGGUCCUCCUUUCAAUAAUGCUGUAUUUUGCAGUAUCCCUCAUGGACCCAGGAUUUGUUCUGUCCGACGCCGACGCAAAGCUCUCCCCUGUGGAUGGAGGGGAGUUGGAGAAGAUGUUACCACAAAACACGGAGGUCCCUCGCCAACGACGUUGUGGUUAUUGCUUAUUGCUGCAACCAAUGAGGGCUAAACACUGCCAAGUUUGUAAGCAAUGUGUGAGACGAUUUGAUCACCAUUGCCCCUGGAUAGGGAACUGUGUGGGUGAGCGAAAUCACAGAUGGUUCCUUCUGUACUUGUGUAUACAGUUACUGGUUCUGGUUUGGGGGCUGCAAAAUGCUUGGUCAGGCAUCACCUUUGCCCUCACUUGGAGACAGUGGUUUAUCCAAAAUGGUUUCCUGCUUGGGGCCUUUGGUAUCACUGUGGUGUUUUCUGUGGUUGUUCUUCUACUGUUGGGCUCGCACCUGUAUCUGGCUUCCGUUAACACCACCACCUGGGAGUUCAUGUCACGACACCGCAUCUCGUACCUGAAACACUGUGACUCUGAGGAGAACCCUUUUGACAGAGGCAUCAUGUGUAACUUGUGGGACUUUUUUUGUAUCUGUCGAACUGUGGCCUGGGAAACAGUAUAUUCCAGAGCAAGUCCUGCAUGAGUUUCCACAUACUGGGAGACUCUCUAAUGGCUUUAUGGAUUUUUCUUUUUUUUUUUUAAUCAGUUUGGCAACUUUAAUGCUGUGAGGGAGAACAUUUAAUUGUUUUCUCCCUCAAAAAAUGGUUUCAGGUUUAUUUUGAUAACAUUUGAUUACACUGUACUGUGAAGAGAGAUGAUGGGAGAUUUUACAAGGUUUAUUUAUUUUAUGAAUUAAGAGGCAAACUUUACUUUAAUUCCUUUGAUUACUCAUACUUUUACUGUAACACUAACUUUAAUUGAAUACUAUCAGGUGUUGUCUUCUGGAACACUAAAAAAGUAUCACUUACCAGUUUAUUUCCAUAUUUUCUGAGUGAGUUUAUAUAUGGCAAGCCAGUUUGAAGAGUAUUUUUUUUAUUUGUUUUAAAAACUUUUGGAAAGGUUUAAAAGGUUUUUAAAAAUGUUGAAAAAAGGUACGUGCUUGGAUCUAAUUUCCAAAGAAACCCAGCAGCUAUGUAUUUUUCUGGUAUUCCAUUUACUUGAGAAUUAUCCCACAAUCAAGGUUACCAAAAUGGGAGAUUUGCAGACGUAAUCAAACUAGUCAAACAAAUGAAAAGUUAUUGCAAUUUACACACUGUGCGAUGUCUGCCCAGUUAUAAUUUAUUUUUCUCAAAGAAUGAAAAGGCUGUCCUAGGAACUAAAACAUAUGUAAUUUCAGCGCAAUUGUUAUGAUAUACUUUAAGGGAUUUUCAAUAAAUAAUAGGUUCGUUAACCGCAA